GAGAGGGAGAACACUAGACCGCUACUAUUGGUUAGAAGGAUUGUCACUCCGAGUCAUCCCAGCUGCUGAUUGGUGGAGGCAGACGAGGAGGCGGGGUGGGUGAGCCAGCGCUGCGGAGGAAACUGACCGCGGGAGCCGUAGCUGGAGAGCCUCGGCUCAUGGAGGAGGGGGUCUGGCUGUGCCGCGCUGUAGGCAACAAAACCAAAGAAAGCAACAUCUGAGCCUUCAUUUCUACUCCCAUUUGGGAUUUUAUUUGCAUCAUCUUUGAGCCUAUUUAAAAAAGAAGAAAAAAAAGGGCAAACCAAACCCACACAAAACAUGUUGUGCGGAAGGACUUCCACUCCCUGACUGUGCUAUUAAUGUUUAAUAAUCAGGAAAAGCCUUUGGGGGCUACAUGAGCUCUCAUCUGAAGCUUGCUGCUGCUGCUAAGGGUUUUGGUGCAGGGAAACAAAACUGUCUCUGCCACCCGCUGAUUUCCUAACAUCUGCAUGUUUCUGCUGCCACACUCGGUCUCACACCCUCUUCCCAUGGACUGAUUUUUUUUGUUAUUGAGGGGUGGGAGGACAAGAAACCAGGGCAUUUCUUUGGGAGAAACAAAAUUUGCGUUUAUUUGUUGUUUUCUGGUGGAUCUGUUCUGAGGUUAAUCUUUUUGGAAAGGAAAAACAUGACGUCGCCAGCUAAAUUCAAAAAGGAUAAGGAGAUCAUAGCUGAAUAUGACACUCAGGUCAAAGAGAUUCGCACCCAACUCAUUGAGCAGCUGAAAUGCCUCGAUCAACAGUGCGAGCUUCGGGUCCAGCUACUUCAGGACUUGCAGGAUUUCUUCCGCAAGAAGGCAGAGAUCGAGAUGGAUUACUCAAGGAACUUGGAGAAGUUGGCUGAGAGAUUCCUGGCUAAAACAAGGAGCACCAAAGACCAGCAAUUCAAGAAGGAUCAGAAUGUCCUGUCUCCAGUCAACUGUUGGAAUCUCCUCUUAAACCAGGUGAAGCGAGAGAGCAGGGACCACACGACCCUGAGUGACAUCUACCUAAACAAUAUCAUCCCUCGAUUUGUCCAAGUCAGCGAAGACUCUGGGCGACUCUUCAAGAAGAGUAAAGAAGUUGGAUUGCAGCUCCAGGAAGAUUUGAUGAAGGUCCUGAAUGAGCUAUACACGGUGAUGAAGACUUAUCACAUGUACAAUGCUGACAGCAUCAGUGCUCAAAGCAAGCUAAAAGAGGCAGAAAAACAGGAAGAGAAACAGAUUGGGAAGUCGGUGAAGCAAGAGGACAAACAGACCCCACGCUCCCCUGACUCAACUUCCAACGUUAGGUUUGAAGAGAAACAUGUCCGACGGAGCUCAGUCAAGAAAAUUGAGAAAAUGAAGGAGAAGCGCCAAGCAAAAUAUACUGAAAAUAAACUGAAGGCCAUUAAGGCAAGAAAUGAGUAUCUGCUGGCUCUGGAAGCCACCAAUGCGUCUGUGUUCAAGUAUUACAUCCAUGACCUGUCUGAUCUCAUUGAUCAGUGUUGUGACCUGGGAUACCAUGCCAGCCUCAACAGAGCUCUCAGGACAUUCCUGUCUGCGGAGCUGAACCUGGAACAGUCUAAGCACGAGGGCCUGGAUGCCAUCGAGAAUGCAGUGGAGAACUUGGAUGCCAACAGUGACAAGCAGCGCCUCAUGGAGAUGUACAACAAUGUCUUCUGCCCUCCCAUGAAGUUUGAGUUUCAGCCUCACAUGGGUGACAUGGUGUCACAACUGUGUGCCCAGCAGCCAGUCCAGAGUGAGUUGGUGCAGAGAUGCCAGCAACUGCAGUCUAGAUUAUCUACGCUCAAGAUUGAAAACGAAGAGGUUAAGAAAACUAUGGAAGCUACACUGCAGACUAUCCAAGACAUAGUCACUAUUGAGGACUUUGAUGUCUCUGACUGCUUCCAGUACAGCAACUCCAUGGAAUCUGUCAAAUCCACAGUCUCUGAAACGUUCAUGAGCAAGCCAAGCAUUGCCAAGAGACGGGCCAAUCAGCAAGAGACUGAGCAGUUCUACUUCACGAAAAUGAAGGAGUACCUGGAAGGCAGGAACCUGAUCACUAAGCUCCAGGCCAAGCAUGACCUUCUCCAGAAGACUCUGGGAGAAAGUCAAAGGACUGAUUGCUCCCUUGCCAGUGGCAGACGCAGCUCUACUAUAAGGAAGCAGGACUCCAGCCAAGCCAUUCCCCUCGUGGUGGAGAGCUGCAUACGAUUCAUUAGCAGACACGGACUGCAGCAUGAAGGCAUAUUCAGAGUGUCUGGAUCACAGGUUGAGGUGAAUGAUAUCAAAAAUGCAUUUGAGAGAGGGGAGGAUCCACUGGCUGGAGACCAAAACGACCAUGAUAUGGACUCAGUAGCGGGAGUUCUGAAACUCUACUUCCGAGGGCUGGAGCACCCUCUGUUUCCGAAGGAAAUCUUUCAUGAUCUGAUUGCCUGUGUCACAAUGGAUAACUUACAAGAAAGAGCACUACACAUCCGGAAGGUCCUUCUGAGCUUGCCUAAAACCACUCUGAUUGUAAUGAGAUACCUCUUUGCAUUCCUCAGUCAUUUAUCUCAAUUCAGUGAAGAGAACAUGAUGGAUCCCUACAACUUGGCCAUCUGCUUCGGGCCCACGCUGAUGUCUGUGCCUGAAGGCCACGAUCAGGUUUCCUGCCAGGCUCAUGUCAACGAGCUGAUCAAAACCAUCAUCAUCCAACAUGAGAAUAUCUUCCCAGGACUGAGAGAACUGGAAGGCCCAGUCUACAGCAGGGGUGGAAGCACUGAGGAUUACUGUGAAAGUCCUCAUGGAGAAACAGCCUCAGCAGAAGAUUCAGUUCAGGAUAUAGCAGCUGAGCAUCAUACAAGUGAUGAUGAGUGUGAGCCGAUAGAAGCAAUAGCAAAGUUUGACUACAUUGGCCGAACUGCACGAGAGCUGUCCUUUAAAAAAGGGGCUUCUCUCCUCCUGUAUCAGCGGGCCUCAGAUGAUUGGUGGGAGGGAAGGCACAAUGGCAUCGACGGCCUUAUCCCUCAUCAGUACAUUGUUGUUCAAGACACUGAGGAUGGUUCCUCUGAAAGAUCCAGCCCCAAGUCCGAAAUAGAAAUCAAUUCUGAGCCACCAGAAGAAAAAGUGACAGCCAGAGCCAGUGCCAAUUGUCCAAGUGGGGGUCACGUCGCUGAUAUUUAUCUUGCAAACAUCAACAAGCAAAGAAAGAGACCAGAGUCAGGCAGCAUCAGAAGAGCGUUCCGUCAAAGCGACAGCCACGGACUGGCUAGUUCACUGGUAGAACCAGCCUCCCCAGGAGCCACAGCUAGCUCUAGACCCUCAUCUCAGCCCAUUAUGAGCCCGAGUCUCCCCAAGGAGGUACCAGAUAAAUGCUCCAGCAGCGGCCACGGCAGCCUCAAUUCUAUCAGCCGGCACUCGUCUCUGAAGAACAGGAUAGACAGCCCACAGAUCCGUAAAACUGUGACUGCAGGCAGGUCAAAGAGUUUCAAUAACCAUCGGCCCAUGGAUCCAGAGGUCAUUGUGCAGGAUAUUGAAACUACCAUGAACACUGCUCUGAAUGAACUGCGGGAGUUGGAAAGGCAAAGCAGCGUAAAGCACACACCAGACGUUGUCCUCGACACCCUGGAGCCUUUGAAAACCUCCCCUGUUGUGGCACCCACCUCAGAACCUUCCAGCCCUCUGCAUACUCAGAUUCUUAAGGACUCCGAACCAGCAUUCCAGCGGAGCGCCAGCACUGCUGGUGACAUCCCAUGCGCCUUCAGGCCAGUGAAGUCAGUCAAAAUGGCUGCCCAGGUUAAACCUCCAGCAACGAGGCCGAAGCCUGCUGUUUUCCCCAAAACAAAUGCCACAAGCCCUGGUGUUGCUUCUUCUGCAUCUCAACAGCCUACUGACAAGUCCUGUACUGUCUGAACUAGAAGCCCCACUGUGGAUAUAAUUUUGUUGUUUCAAUUGAGGGGGCUAUAUUAAAGACAUGUGAAAAUUCCUAUUUAACUAGUUUUGGACUUCUGCUGAAGGUUAGUUUGUAAGUUGUUACUGGCAGGAGCACUCCCUGGGAGUGAAGGCAUGGAUAGUUAAGCCUUGCCACAUGCACACCACAUCAGCAUACCUUGCUUAUGAAAUACAGACACAAAAUUGAACAUCAGGUCACUGUGAAAGUGGUGAGGCCAACACAAAGGACUGAUGAAUUGGUUCUCAGUUUAUAGUUGACGCCUUGUUCAUGUUUGGCCACUGAGAGAAGUACUCAGUGGUGCCAUGUUUUGGAUACUGGUGUAAUGACUUAAAUAUUUGCCACAGGGAAACAAUCCAAUAGAUUUUAGUCUACUGCAUGUUUUGGUACCAUUUGUUAUGUGGAGCUUGGACAUGCCUGAUUCUUGUGCAUUAUUACAUUUCCUGCUGGUGCCGCUGCUGUUAAGGGUCUGUCUCGAUUUCCAUUACAUCCUCUCUCUUUCAGCAGUCUUAGCUCUUAGCCAUGUCAAGCUCCCCUUGAUUGAAACUUGUCAUGACAAAUUCUCAGCUUUGGAACAUGAGUUCCGUGUUGUGUGUUGGUGCAGAUUUAAAUAAAGCAAAUCUGUUUCUGAGUUUUAGGAGAGAAAAAAAUAGAAUUGCUGAGUGUGUCCACCGUGCAAUUGUUUUGGUGCUCCCAGAUUUAAAAGCAGCUUUUUUUCUUUUAAAAUGAAACUUUCAGGGUGUUAGACAAUGUAGUGUGUGCUGUUCAGUGGGAACUUGGAAGGUGGAACGUAAAAACGAAUUACCUUCUGAAAACCAGCUGCUGUUCUCUCACUGGAGUGGCAUUUCCUAACUUGAACAUAAGUUGAGAUGGGCUCAAACCGAAACCCCACUUCUGAACAUCCCUAAAACUUGAUUCUGAAACUCUUUGCAGCUUGGCCCUGUUUUUGAUUUGUAAAGACUUUGUUCUAUGGCUGUUACCACUAUGAACUAUUGUGGAGGACCCCAGCGUAAGGAGAAAGGUGGGAACAUGCUCUAUGGGUGAUUGGCACUACAGUGUCCAGCUCCUAAAUUGCUUAAAUACAUAUUUCUAUAAUAAAUCAUCAUGCCUCCAAGGGAUUCUGCUGACAAAUUAGUGACUUCUUAGUAUAUGUGUGUAUGACAGACUGUGACUGCUUCAGCUGUUAGCAGACUUCUCUGUACUUUCAUGGCAAUAUAUUUUCCAGAAUGCUGCCAUAUAUUUAAUGAAGGGUGGAAAAAAGGCAAAAAGAGAGGCACAUGCUGUGUUACACUAAUGAGUCUCUCAGCCCCGCUAGACCAAGGGAUCUUGCAACUGACUUUCCAUCCUUACUUUGCCAAUCAUGCCCAAAUAUUGCUGGAGUUUGAACAGUCCUACCAUUUAUGUUCUCAUUGUAGUUACUCAAGCAAGAACAACAUAAGAAAGGGAACUCCUCCCGACUCUAGUUGAGUGUCCUUUGAUUUUUGUGGGCCUGAAUCACACCUUAACUUCAUGGUUUAAUGCAGAUUGUGGUUUUUAAUGAGCAUUGUAAUAAAAACAGAUAUGUUGCAUCUCUAAGGACAAGCUGGCCUUAAACUUCCACUUCUCAUUCCUUUUAAAGGAGGUUACUUGCAUAGACACUGUUCUUCAAUUUCUUUGAAAGAGAAGAUUUUUUUGUAUUAAUGCUUGUGUAAAAAGGACUGAUUUUCUCUGUGCCCUAAAUUAUGGAGACAUGAGAAGUUCAUGGACUACAGGAGAAAACUCCUGAAAAAGAUUUAUUGGGACAAUUUUAAUUGUUUAUUUCCUUAAUUAACAUUUAACAACCCUUAUCUUUUGGAAACACUGCACUGUGUGUGUUGCUUCUGUCAGAUCUUAACCUGUCCAUAUCAAAGGGAAUGAAACCCAACCUGUGUGACCCGCUCGGUUGCUCUCAGGUUCAGACGGACUCCUAGCACCAAGGAAUCUAAAUCUCUCUUUUUGUAAACUAAUAAUUUUAAAAAGCAACUAAUGAUUUAUUUUUCACUCAGGCAAAGCUUUGUGGGAAAUAUUUUAUUUUUGGGGGAUCAUGACUGGCCAAAAGGAAUGCAUGUCAUUACGCAGGAAAUGAACAGAGCAGGAUCUCUUUGUAAAUUCACUUUCACUCAUUCUUUGCAAUGCCUCAUUUUUUUUAGUUUAUCUUAUGCUUUGCAUUCAUGUUUCCAAGGGAUGACAUCCAGCCAUACAAGGCAUCUUACGACAAGAUUUCAUGUCUUCAAAGCUCACAAAAUGAGUGGAAAUAAGAUUUAAAAACCCCCAACACUUCAGGUUACUAUAACAGCCGUUGUCUAUGUAUGGAAUUACUAUGCCUAUUUCUAGUGACCACAACACUGGGAAGAUCCUACUGACAAGAGGAAUAAGAACUUACAAGAAUAAACAAUAUCCUGUGCAAAUCAACUGGAAUUUCGGUGUGCACUGUGACUUGCACUGAAAACAUACACCUAGCAACGUGGCAGUCUGAAGGGCAUCUUUUCUCUUCCAUGUUGUCUGCACGAAACAUACAGAAAAGCCACUUGUGACUCAUCUACUUCAUGCUGUGAACUCUGUGGGGCAGGAGGAUGGUUUGCCAGAAAGUGUUACUAGCAUUUGUUGGGAGAGGGAAAACUGGAAAAGACUGUGCCCACUGGGCAGCCUACUGAAGAGAUCAACAUGACAUGGAGAAACAGGACACAGUGUGGCGGAUGGGAAGGUUUAUACGUUGUUUCAUAGUCAGAAGAAAUAUUUGAUCUCCCAGAGAGAUGCAGUUAUGUGUGUGUCAGAUUAAUGGUAUAUCCCUUUAAAGAAAAGAAGCUUUGAUAACUGGAAUAAUGUAUGUCUGCUUGGCAAUACUCUGUAAGAACAUAAGUCUGUCACUUAUCAAAUGAUGGAUUCGAAUAAUCCAAUGGAGAACUUUUGAAAAUAAAAUACAGUUUUAGGUGAUUGGUCAAUAGUUUCUGCAGCACCAACCUUGUAUUUUUCCCAUCCCCUGUUGGGCGUUGUGCUUUAGUGAUUGCUAAAUUUCCUCCUCUCUGUGGUAAUGCGAGCUCUAAAAUUAGUGUCUCUCUCAAAACGACAUGACGAAAAAAUUUUCACUUUAUCUGUACUGGAUGUUUGAUUGCAACGAAAACCAUUAGAUAAUUAUAGUACACUGUGACAGUGCAAGAAUUCUCCUGAAUAUAUUUUGAUGCCUGUUUAAAAGGAGAGUGUCUUCGGGCUUCCUGUGAAGAAUACCUCAUAUGUUCUCUUUUAGUGUAAGUGUUCUUGCACAUUUCUGUGUUCAGAUUACAAAGUUCUGACAAACUCAGAAAAUCAUAGCACCUAAGAGUUCAGGCAGGAAAUUCUAUCCCUUGAGCCUCCCCAUCUUGUACCUCGGUAUUGGGUAAAUUUAUCACUAAGAUACAUUCCCCACAUCAGGGAGAACCCUGCAGUAUUGGACAAAGGGAUGGUUUAAAGUUGGAGUUUUAGUCUUCAUUCUGGUUUUUUUUGCGUGUUGGUCAGAACUUCAACACUUAAUUGAACAUGGAGUGGACUUUGGGACACAGGGUUGUGUGUGAGAGCGCUCUCUUGAACUUUUCGGCACAAGUAUGCUUCCCUAUAGCAAGCUCAGUACAAAUUCUGUAUACAUGUGUCUACCUGAUAGACUGAACUGGCUCUGUCAAUUAAUGAAACAUACAUUGUGGCUUUUUUUAAGGCAGAUUAUUUCCCCAGGAGGGUCUAAUGCUCUAAUAAAGCAUGGGUAAAUAUCUAUUUAAACAAUUUGUUCAAUAGGUCUCGGCAAAUGGUGAGUAGUCUGGUCCCAGUCUAGCAAACCAAUAAGCAUGUGCUUAACUUUAAGCAUGUGAAUAGUCUCUCUGAAGUUGAGAAUGUGCUUGUUGAUUUGUUGGAUUGGGGUCUUAUGGACUCAGGACUCAGUAAGAUCGAGUCCUGAUGCCAUAGGGACUUGUUCCAAAACACAAAUAUGUCGUCUUUGGGCCAUAUGCCACCAGUUAGGAAAACUGUGAAGCUAAAAUGAAAAUAAAAACCCAGAAACAGGCUGCAGGGAGCAUUCAGAACAGAAACUAGUUGUAACAAUGUUUUGGUUCUUUUUAAAAAACCUUUCUGUGAAAUCAUCUGGCAUUGACUGGACAUUCCUGAUAACUAAUGCUACAUACAUGGGGACAGGUAACUCAUGGGUGUCUUUAGUGAACCAGUGAGAGAGAGGACUUCACAAAAGUAAACGAUUCUUUAAUGUUAGGAUUUAAAGCUCAUUCUGUGCUGAAUGUUUCCUACGUCUGGGCAAGAGGCGGCAAUAAGCACUUGGUGGUGGGUGUAAUUGCACUUCGGUUUCAGCCUGACAGAUCAUCUCGCAAGGUAUUUUCCUUCCCACAUCACCUCUUUCUAUGUGCAACCACCUGUACUGGGAAAUGAUAUACUUGACCCCCCCCGCUUGUGCCCACACAAGGGCUCAAGGGAGCCACUAUAAUCAGUCUGCUGUGUAACGCACAAAUUACUGGGUGUGCUGUAGCCGCUUUUCAAACAUUCACCUCAGCCUGUUCACCUACAAAUGCCAAAAAGGGGAUGAAUGGAUUUUUUCCAAGCUUCGAUCUAAGAUUGCAUUUCAGUUGAUCUAGGGGGAGCCAAAGCAGCCAUUUAAAAACUGGAAAAAUUAGAGUUUCUCAUGCUGUACCUCCAGUAACAUGGUUCGGGGCAAAUGGAUUUCCAGGUUUUUCCAGAAAUGGAUGAACAAGAGGAAGAGUCCCUUCUGUGCAAAUACUUGAUAGUCCAAGUCUCAAUGCAGGGUAAACAUUCAGCAGUUUGCAGUGGAAAUUAGACAGACCCUUUAUUUUAGCAGCACUGUAAUAAGUGAACUUCACCAGCCUUUCUCUAGAGGCAGAGUGCUAUAAUCUGCAUAAACUGAGUUCCCUGGACCUGGGCUUGGAGUGUGCCAAACUGCUGGAGCAGUACUAGUAAUCAACAGGUUCUCUAAAAGACCAGCUAUGAGAAAUGUAGCCAAAAUAGAGCAAUGGAUGAAACUCUCAAAUUUAAACAAUAGCAGUGGUGGUGUGAUUCUAUUGUAUGUAAGAAAGUUUGACUGCAAUCCAGCAAUCUUUAAA